AUGUCGCCAAUCAAAGCCCCGCCAAACCUCCCCGAGCUCGUCCGGACGGCCUUCAACAAGGCGCGCGCAUCAGGCGACGUCAACUUUUAUCCGACCCAAGUCACUUUGGUGGACGUCAAUUCCAUUCCUUUCCAACUCCGCUUCUCCCCUUCCCUAGCCAACAAGCCCAAAGCGCCCAAACCAGUUGGGCAAAUCGACCAUCGCGUUCCUUCGCCGCCUUCUACGACUUCCAUCGGGUCGCAGCCCACACCCAGCGAAAAUGGUUUCCCCGAACCCCCGAGAAAGAAGCUCGUCUUCGACCCCUUUGAUAAUCCCUCCCCUGCCAUGCUCAUCUGCCCGCUACCUCCACAUCAUAACCUGGUGCUGAACAAGUUUGCGAUUGUCCCGGAACAUUUCAUCCUGUGUACGAGGGGGUAUAAAGAGCAGACGCACUUGUUGGAGCGGGAGGAUUUGGAAGCUGUGAGGGGGUGUAUUGAGGUUUAUCACCAUCGCUAUGACCAAAAGUACAAUGGGGAAAGAAGAAGUGACGGAAAUGAAACAACAGUAGGGAAAGAGCCAAAGUUGUUUGCGUUUUUUAACUGUGGUGAGCAUAGUGGAGCAAGUCAGCCGCAUAGGCAUUUACAGCUUUUGGUUGUGGAAAAAAUGAGGGAGGGGUUGGAAUGUGUUGAGACGGAGAGGGAGACGGAAACAAAAGAGGGGGAGGGAAAGAAGAAGAAGAGGUGGGAAGUGUUGGCGCAGAAACUGGUUGAGGACAACAACAACAACAACAACAACAAGGAAACGGAAAAGAAACUACUGCCGUUCAAGACCUUCGCAGAGCGGUUGACGCCAGAAAUGUCAGGGGAGGAAGUGCACCAGAUUUAUUUGGGAUUGUAUAGACGCGCUAGGGAGGCUGUGCGGCUGUAUCAGCUGUCUUUACAACAGUCCCGUGCAUCACAGCAAGAUUCGACAACAACAAAAGGGGCAGCAGAAGAGGAGGAGGAAAAGGCCGACGAGAUACAAACCGGCGGCGAAGCAACCAUCUCGUACAACUUGGCCAUGACGCGGGACGUCAUGGUUAUUGUUCCUCGGCUGGCGGAAGGAUCAGCGAUAACGGAAAAGAAUCCGGAGACGGGAGAAGAGGUGGUAGUGGGCAAGUUGGCGCUCAAUGGGACUGUGUUGGCGGGCACGGCGCUGGUCAAGAGUCAGAGGGAGUGGGAUGCGUUGAGGAAGAAUCCGGAAAAGGUAGGGGAGUUGUUGAGGGUGAUUGGGGUGCCUAAUGACUGUGAGGGUGAGAGGGGAGAGGGGAGGAAAGAGGGGAGGAAGGGGAUGUUGUGA